UCUCUUUCUCCCUCCUCCUCACCUGAGUUUUCCUCUUCCUUGACCUAGUCUCUCUCAUCUUCUUCUUCAGAGCGCUCUCAUUCUCUCUCCCUCUCUCCCUGUACUGCCUACACCAACGCAUGUCUGCAGAGCAAGUCUUCGAGCUCUUCGACUCGUUCUGGUUCCACUGCGCCAUCUUCGGCGAAAAAUCUUCCUCCUCUGCAACGAGAACCUCUCAUGAAGGCCGCGGCGACGAGGACGAGGACGACCACGACCGUCUCCUCCUCGAGACGAAGCUGUCCCGCGCGCCGACCCUCCACGUCAGGUCCAUGAGCGACCAGUUCUUGGGCGGCCGCGGCCUCGGCUCCCACCCUUUCUCUCCGAACUCGGUCCUCCUCGCGGCGGUCACUCCGAAGCUCCAGACCAUCCUCUCCGGCAAGGAAGUGUCGGACUUCGAGGGCGAGGACGGGACGACCAAGAGCGAGGGAGAGGCGGAGGAGUCGCGGUCACAACCCGGGAGAAGGAAGAAAUCAGAGAACGUAAGGAGGUUUAGGAAGAAGCGGAGCAAGAGCAGCAAGAGCCUGUCGGAGCUCGAGUUCCAGGAGCUCAAGGGGUUCAUGGAUCUGGGGUUCGUGUUCUCCGAGCAGGACAGGGACGACUUGGACUUGGUCUCGAUCCUUCCCGGGCUGCAGAGACUGGGAUCGAGAGACGGCGGCGACAGGAUCGAAGUCCAAGACAAGAAGGCCGAUGAGGCUAAGGUUCCGAGGCCCUACUUGUCGGAAGCGUGGGACGGUUUGGAUCGCCAGCGGAAGAGAUACGAGGAUCCGCUGGUGAAUUGGAGAGUGCCGGCUGUAGGGAACGAGAUGGCCAUGAAGGACCAUCUCAGGUCAUGGGCUCACACAGUCGCGUCCACCGUGAGAUAACAGUGGCUGAUCAUCAUCGUCGAUCUUCCUCGUUCUUUUCCAUUUUUCCUUUUCCAAGUGAUGUCUCUUAGCUUCAUUUAUCUUGGAUUUUUUCUUUUCCUCUUUUCCUUUUUGCCUUUAUUUUGAACCACACAAUCUUCAUCUUCGUGUCGUCUUUGAGGGGGGGCGGGGGGAGGGAAAUCCUCUAAUCUGUAAUUGUAAAUAAAAAGGAAAGAGCAAUAAUCUCCCUUGGUCUCUAUUAUUU